AUGGCGGGAGGUGGCAGCAUUAAGUCGAACCCAACGAAAGCAAGGAAGAGGGUGGAGGCCGACAAUGGUGCUUCUGCUGCUUCCAUGGUUCGCGCCAGGGACGGCAGCGCAUUUACUAGAUGCGAAGAGUGCAAGAAGGACGUGGCUGUGGCGCUCAUCGGUAUGCAUAGUUGCAGCCUUGACGCCAAAAUCAAGAUGAACUUAGAGGCUCAAGUCGUUGAAAACGCCGCUGAUGUUAAGACUACGAAGAAGAAGGCAGCCGAAAGAAACACUGGGGAAGUGGAAGAUCCGAAGGCAAAGAGAGCCAAGAAAGAGAAACGGGCUGCCAAAGAUCCAAAUAAGCCCAAACGCCCUCCUACUGCCUUUUUCAUCUUCAUUGGUGACUUCAGGAAAGAAUACAAGGAAGCAAAUCCUGACUCUAAGGAUGUUAAGAAGAUCGCCAAGGAAGCUGGCCAGAAGUGGAAAUCCAUGACCGAUGAAGAGAAGAAACCUUACUUGGAUAAGGCUGCUCAGCUUAAGGCUGAACAUGGAAAGACCUCUGGUGAUAGCAUUGAUGCUGAAAAUGGAGCUGCAGCAGAUAAGGAGGGUGAAGAUGAUGAUGAAGAGGAUACAAAGGAGGAGGAAGAGGACCCAAAUAAGGAAGAUGCUGCAAAGGAUGGGGUAGAAGAUGAAUCUGGUUCAGAGUAG